UUUCUGCAUGCAAGAUUGAUGCUUGAAUCUUCACAGGGAGCAACAUUUUCCAUAACACCCAUCAAUCGAUUCCAAAAUACUGUUGGUUAAAAAGAAAAUGGCUACAAAUCCAUAUCAAGAGUCCGGUUCUUGGAAACCUCCUCCACCCCGCAGUCCAGAUGUGAACCCUCAGUAUGUUCAUCAUCUGACCCCAAAUCCUCCACCUGAGAUCAGCCACUCCAUUCCCAAACGCAAAGGUGUAAAACAGAGGUGUAUAAAGUUCACUGCGGCUGCUGUGAUCAGCCUGCUGCUCCUCCUUCUGGUGGCUGGCGUCCUCCUUGGUUAUUACUACUCCUCGCCCUGUGUGCACGGGAGGCAGUGCGGUGAUGGGGGCUGUGUGUGGGAGUCUCAGUGGUGUGACGGAGUGAUGGACUGUCGUGCAGGCCAGGAUGAGGCUAACUGUGUGAGGGUACAUGGUUCGAGAUUCCUACUCCAGAUCUACUCCACUCAGAGUAAAAACUGGAGGACAGUUUGCUAUAAGGGCUGGAGCGACCUGCAUGGUAGAGCAGGCUGCCAGCAUAUUGGAUACAGCAAAGGCACAUAUUUUAAAUCAGGUCCCCAACAGAUUGACUCCAGUGAUGGUUUUGUGAUUGUGAAGUCUAACUAUAAACCUGAUGAAUCUUUACUGCAGCAGGUUGUCCUCAGCAGUACCUGCCCAAACAACAGCGCAGUAACAUUGCUUUGCACAGAUUGUGGGAGUGGGGUGAACUCAACUAGAGCAACUGGGAUCCAACCUGCCUCUCUGGGGGCCUGGCCAUGGCAGGUCAGCCUGCAGGUUGCAGGCUCCCACCGCUGUGGAGGAGCUAUCAUCUCCCCCUACUGGAUAGUCACUACAGCUCACUGUGUGGCUAGUGUCUCCACACCAGGAGACUGGGCAGUGUACGCUGGGGUAGUGGAAUCUUUAGGCACCCUUUUUAACCCCUCAUACUCUGUGAGCCGUGUUAUAGCCCAUGAAGGUUAUGACAGCAAAACUCAUAGGAGUGACAUUGCUCUGAUGAAGCUGUCUAAACCUCUGGACCACACAGUUUCCAGUAAUAUCGGACCUGUGUGCCUCCCAAAUGUUGGUGUAAACACCACUAACAAUCAGAAAGGCUGGCUAACACAAUUUUCCGGCACCAUCAAUGGAGACUCUGGCUCUCCCUACCUUAUGGAGGCUGAGGUUUUUCUCAUGGAAACUGCAGACUGCAACAGCACCAUGGUUUACAAUGGCAGAAUAUCACAGGAUAUGUUCUGUGCCAAAGGGGUGGAGACAUCAGACAAUAUGUGCCGGACUGACAGCGGUGGACUUCUGGUAUCCCUGAAGGAUGGCUUAUGGUGGCUCAUAGGGGACAGCAUCUGGGGGCAGGACUGCAUAGAGCCUAACCAACCUGGUGUUUAUAGCAACAUCACCUUUUAUCUGGACUGGAUGUUCCAACAGAUGAGGAAGCAUCAAGAUGACUGAUGUCAAGCCUACUGAUGAACUUUCUGGGAUGUUGUUUCUUAAUAACGGGAGAGAAAAAAAAUGUGUAUCCAUGCUUCAACAGUAUCUUUCACUGUCACAUAACUUAUUUCCAGCAUGAUAGAACUUUGUAAGCUUCUGUCUUCAUAAUUCAUCAUCACCUCUCUCUUACUCCCCUCUAUCCCUCUUCCAAGACCCAACUCGGUCGAGGCAUGAUGGCUGUCUAACAUGAAUCUGGUUCUGCCUGAGGU